AAUGUAUAUCCCAGUAAAUGAAAUACAUAAACAUUUCAAAGCAGAAACACCUAACAUGUCAAAUAUCACUCACAAAUAAGAUUAAUGGAGUCCAUAUCAUGAUAAUUCAGGAACUGUAUUAGGUAAUUAAUCAAAUUAAUAUAAAAUAGCUAUUGGAAUUCCAGGAGCUGUUAUUGUAGCUGGAGAUACUAGAUUGAGUAAUGGGUAUAAUAUUUUAACUCGAGAUGCAACUAAAUUAUCUUAAUUGACUGAUAAAUGUAUUUUAGCUACUGCAGGUCAAUAUGCAGAUUUUAUAGCAUUAAGGAAAUUUUUGUAAUAAAGAUUAUAAUUAUAUGAAUUCUAAAAUGAAGUCUAAGUAAUCUGAUUAUUUUAUAAACAAGGCUUCCACAUAGACUGUAGCUCAUUUAUUAUCUAGAGAACUCUAUUCUAGAAGGUUUUUCCCAUAUUACACUUUUAAUCUAUUGGCUGGCCUUGAUGAAAAUAAUCAUGGAGUUGUAUAUGGAUAUGAUGCCAUUGGUAGUUAUGAUUAAAUGACUUAUGGUGUUUAAGGAAGUGGACAAGAAUUAGUAGUUGCUGUUUUAGAUAAUUAACUAAAAGGUUACAACAAAAUCAACAAAACAAUUCCUUAAACUCAACAAGAAAUUCUAGAUAUAAUAUUAGAUUGUUUCAGUUGCGCUGCUGAAAGAGACAUCCAUACUGGAGACAAUGUAGAAAUCCUUAUAAUUACUCCAACAGGAACAUAGAGAAUUAUUAAACCUCUAAGAAAAGAUUGA